AUGUGGGACCACCAUGCGGACAGUCAGAGCGAUACUGAUGUGCGGGCUUGGCAGCCUGCGCAAUCGGGAUAUGGGCAACGUAGCAACGUGAGGGGCAGUGAUCCGGCCCCGACCGGAUCACUGCCCCUCACGUCACCCGCAAGCCCGUUGGGCGCCGACGACUGCCCGCGUUCGGCCGCCUCAAGUGAAACGUUCCCGGCGCCUCCUGAGCAAGUGGACACAAGUUUUUUCGCCUCCAACACACCUGCCAGCGUGCCGGCCCCAGUGAUGGUCCAGGAUUUGGGAGAGUCCCCGCAAGCCCCGGGCCCGGGAAGACGAGCCCAUCGUGAGCCGCGGGCACUACGCCCUACCUGGAGACCACGACCACGCUCCGUCAGACCCUUCCACCGAGCGAGCAGCACCCCACAAGAGCCGGAGACCAGACCCGCCCGUGAUCCGCCCGGCGUUUGGUCGCGAGCGGAGGACGCGCUCGCGCUCACAUCGUCGCCACGGCGACGUGGCUGGUCGCGACCCGGGCGAGCGGACCACAAGCCGCGACGUGUGUCGCGAGCAGAGGUCUCGCUCGCGUCUUCGUCAGGAAGACGAGCCAGGGCGCGUCUCGAGAGAGAGUUCCCCAACCCAGGAAAUGAACCACCGUCGGCCCAGCUCUCAUGUCCGGAGCAGCGAUAG